UGGCGAUUUGUUGAACCAAAUCUUCUAAUGGCGGUGGUGUUUUUUGCCUUAUCUGUAAAUUUUUUAGGAUGGGAUCUUAAAAGUAUCCUUCUCAGCCGCGCUGAAGUUUCAUAGAAAUUUUGUGAUGAAUUUGUGUUCGUCUUGUUUUUAAAAUCUCCAUUUCGCAGAGAUUCAUCUGGAAUAGUAGGCGCAAUUCCGAGUUGCAAGCAUGUCUGACGAAGAGGACAAACCCCCAGCACCACCAGUUAGACUGACCAGCAAUAGUUUCAGAAUGGCAAGAGGAGACUCCGUGCCUAAUUUGCCGGUAGAUAUGCGACCGUUACCGAAAGAGCCUGACGGUGAGGAAAAGAAGAAGAAAACUACAAAAUCAAAGUCAUCAAGGACGAAAGGACAGCAUGGGCGGUCUGAAAAUGAAAAACCCAACAUAUCGUACCCAACUAAUUUUGAGCAUACCGUUCACGUUGGAUUUGAUGCACAGACCGGGGAGUUUACGGGAAUGCCAGAAGCAUGGGCGCAAUUACUGAUGAGGUCGAACAUCAGCAAACAAGAACAGAAGAAGAACCCUCAGGCAGUUUUGGAUGUUUUGAAUUGGUAUGACAAUUCCAGUAAAGACCUCAAACAAUCUAAAUAUAUGACUACUGCUGAAAUGGUCGAAAUCGGAAGGCCAAACCUGCGACAUCCAAACUCUGGUUCUUCGCAUAGCCAUCAAAGUGGUUUGAGUCAUCUGUCAAGCAGUUCUCCCAACUCAACAACUCCAACAACUGAUACAGAGCAGCCACCCACAUCCACCUCUGAGCAUGAAGAUGAAGCUCCUCCCCCUCCCAUUCCAACAAGACCGGAUCGAACGAAGUCAAUUUACACUAAGCCUGUAGAAGAAGAGCAACCGCCUGUUGUGCAAUCAAAUGUACCAAAAACUCCAAUAACGCGACCGACAAAUGGCACAGUUCCCGCAACAAUUCUAGACAAAAACAAAAAUAAUGCCACCACAAAUAUCAAAGCACUUACCAAUAACUCUAAUGCAACUAUAACAAGUGCCGAAAUUAGGAACGCCAAAAUCGGAGAUGAUGAAGUCGUGGAAGUUUUGAGGUCAAUAGUCAGCGUGGGAGAUCCAAAGAGGAAGUACACUAAAAUGGAAGAAAUUGGACGGGGUGCCUCUGGAAGGGUUUACACGGCAAUUGAAACUUCGACCGGAAUGGAAGUUGCAAUCAAACAGAUGAACUUAAAACAGCAACCAAAGAAAGAGUUUAUUCUUAAUGAAAUUUUAGUAAUGAGAGAGAACAAACAUCCAAACGUUGUCAAUUAUUUGGAAAGCUACUUAGUUGGAGACGAGCUGUGGGUUGUCAUGGAAUAUUUACCUGGUGGUUCUUUAACGGAUCUAGUUCAAGAUUCUUGCAUGGACGAAGGUGAGAUAGCCUCCGUCUGUAGAGAGGUGCUCCAGGCUCUAGAGUUUCUUCAUCGUAAUUUAGUCAUUCACAGGGAUAUCAAAUCGGACAAUAUUUUACUAGGCCUUGAUGGUAGCGUUAAGCUGACUGAUUUUGGUUUCUGUGCCCAAAUAUCUCCGGAGCAAAACAAGAGGACAACCAUGGUAGGCACUCCUUACUGGAUGGCACCUGAAGUUGUCAGUAGAAAGCAGUACGGCCCCAAAGUAGACAUCUGGUCUUUGGGCAUCAUGGCCAUCGAGAUGGUCGAAGGCGAACCUCCUUAUCUAAUGGAAAAUCCCCUCAGGGCAUUAUAUUUAAUAGCAACCAAUGGAAAACCUAAAAUAAAGGAAAAAGAGAAGUUAUCUCCCUUAUUUCAAGAUUUCAUAGAUAAGUGCCUUGAAGUAGAUGUUGAAGCUCGUGCGUCAGCAUCAGAUCUUUUAAAACAUCCGUUCUUGAGACUGGCAAAACCCCUAGCUUGUCUCACGCCUGCAAUAAUGUCAGCAAAAGAAAACGCUAACAGUCUGAACUAGAAUCUUGCUGUAAUCCUCUGUAAUUGAUUGACUUUUAAGUAGGUUUGACACUAUGACAAUUUUCAAAUUUAACAAAAAAGUUGUUGAUUUUUUCUUCCUUAACUGUUGUUAUUUUCUUUUUAAAAUGAUUAGAGACUGUAUAUUUUUUCCUUAUAACUAAUUUAUUUUAAUUAAAGCGAAGUAGGAAUAGUAGAUUUUAUCUGUAAUUCUUCUUUUCUCUAUUACGUAUGUUCAAAGAAUUUUAAAUUCUAAAUGAGUGUUUUUCAGAGUGAAUUAACACCAGAACCUUCGUCGAAUUGAUUGAUAGAGCUCCUGAUGACAUAAAUUCUCCGAAAUUUUUCUUGUCAUCAAACUUUGUUACUUUCUCCUUAGUCAUGAGAAUUUUAGUUUUGGUAAUGCGCUAGUGCAUAGGAUGCACAAUUGCACAAGUAAGAAAUCUGGACUUCAGGUGAAUCUUUGUCAGAUGUUACACAUCAAGCCCUUGAAUGAGAUUUCAUUUAACACCAGUUCUACACACCCAAAAUAUUAACCCGGAAACUUAUCCAUUUUAUCAAGAGGCUUAUUUCAGUUGCCUACUCAUAAAAAGUGCCCACCAAAAACUCGAAACAAAGCUGGAAUCUUCUGAAGGCAUAAUUCAUUAUUUGUUAAGCUGACCAAUGUUCGAAAUUUGUGUUCAGAUAAUUUUAUUGUUAAAUAAGGCACUGGCUGCAAGAAAGGCACUUCUUGAUUGUGGCCCUUAAUAAUUUCUACUAAUAUUUCAUUUAUUGUUAGGAAAGUGAAUACAUGUAUUUCAUUGAAAUUUUUACUGAAUAUUCCUCUUGAAUACAUGAUCGCAAUACGCAGCGGAGGUGCGGAAACGCCGUAACCAAGAGGUGUCCUUCUCACACUCAGUGGCUCAAUCAAGAGUUUUUGAAAAAGAAUAUUUAUGAAAUAACAACUAAAAUUUGCCUUUAGGCAUAAUAGCUCUACUUGUGUUGUGAAUUUUAAUCAAAAUCGGUUUAUUAACAUGAUGCAUUUAGUAUCUUGAUGUUCGACACUAUCCGGCAGAAGAUUCACUUAACCUUCAGUAUCAAAAUAGCUCAAUGAGUAGUCUGGUAUUGAUUCCCUCUUUACAAAUUUUAGAAAUGUUUGUGUAUGAAUUAUCUUUUCUGAAAGUCAAUGUUGUUCUGGAUAGCAAGUUUGAAUUUUUUAUCCAAGCCAUUUCAAAGACCCUCAGGCUUUUGCGAAGUCCUAACAUUUGUCAGUUGAAUAGAUUGUAAGGAUGGCGAUUUUAGAAAAAAGAUUAAUAUAAUAUAUUCCGAAGAAUCUGUUCAAAUUAACAAUCAGCAGCAAAAAAUUGGUUUUCCCAAUGAUCAAUUCCUUUGGUUUUUUUGACUAAAAAGAUCAACAAUCUCUAAGAUGGAGUCAUCAUCGUGGGUGCUUUUGAAAAUUGGACCAUAAUUUGCCACAAAAUGUUUGCCAGUUUUAACAAUUUGCUGUCAUAAAAAAUUGAUUUUAAACUUAAAUUCACUCCAAAAAAUUGAUAUGAUUUUUUGAUACCAUUAUGAUAAUAUUGACAUCUCAAAUUAAUCAAUCUAAAAUCGUCAACGCUAACAGAGUAGGGAGCACCUCUGCUAGUCAUUUCGUAUCCUUUGCUUCAAAGAAUGGGCUUGUCAAAAAGGUAAGGGGGUAGGAUAUUAAGGGAAGGGAAGUUGUGUUUAAAACUUUUGUACAAGGAUUUGACUUGGCAAGUGCUUUUGUCAAAGUUCAAAGACCUUCCAAGCUUUUUUUAUUUCUCCUCCCCUUUUUUUCUUAACAGAACAUACAUAACACUUUAAACCAAAGUAAUGCAUGAUUAGAACUUGAUCACCAUUUUACUUUUCCUCUCGAAUUUUGAGUUGAACUCACUGGCAGAGGCAAUCUCUUCAUAAAAUUGAUGUGUUGAAAAAACAAAAACAAAAGUAAAUUACAUUUUGCCAUGUCCUGAUUAAAAUCUCAGUUGGAUGUUCCUGUCCUCUUGUCUCUCACUUUAUUUUUCAUCAAAAAUUAACAGUGUACUAAUGGCAAAAUGCAAAAACUGCACCCCAGUUGCAACAUUUAAAAACCCCCAAUCAUAUUUUAUACUCCUCAAGGAACUCCACUCAAAAUCCUUUGUGCAUUGUACUGUCAGUUAAAACAUAACUAUUGUUUGGUUAGUCAUUCAGGAAUAUGCCGCUGUAUUACUAUUAUAUUCAUAGUCUCCUUUUCUAUUUAUUGUUCUGCUUGAUUACUUUCAAAUACUUUUGAAAAUUGCUCCUAAAAUUUUGAUUGAUUAUCAUUUAGAAACUUCAUAUCAGUAGUAACUUCAAGUAAAGUUAGAUGUGUCUUAUUGUAUUCGACUGUCAAGAAGUGGGAAAAAAGUACAUACGAAGGCUUGCAUCAAUUUUAACUAAUUAUCACCAUAGAAAGUUGUAUUAAUACCUUGUCAGUAGGCAUUAAUGAACGAUUUUUUCUAAACAUAUCCUCUGUUAGGUAUCAUUUUUAUCUAUUUUGCAAGAAAUCAUGUAUAUCUGUAAAUCUGUAAGUCUCGUUUUCAUUUUGUAUCAGUGUCUCCACUGUUACUACAGGUUGACCAGCCACUUUGAUUAAAGUUUUGCAAGUAAAAAAAAAAAUUCUGUAGACAUUUUUUAAUGGACCACUAACAAAGACAAGGUACAAACUGUUCCAAACUUCUUGUCGUGUGAAUCCUUUCUUUUCAUGUAAAAUUCUUGAGAAGGAACCAAGCAACGUUGUGCUGUAAAUGAUACCUUGUCUAGUGCCCCAUUGUGUGGUCGGUUAGAUUUCCCUGGUAGAUUUUCUCCAACUAAGAAAUUGAUAAAUUGUGAUUUAUAGUGCAGCCCUCCUAUCUAUUUUUAUCCAUUUGAAAAGAUUUGAUGGUUUUACUCAGCUACAUGGCUCACUAUGUAAUUUAGGAGAUAAUUUAUUCAGUUUUCCAUUUUUAGCGCUUUUGUAUUUAUCACAUUAUUUUCGCUGAAGCCUGUUCAUACAGGAGGUCGCAAGUCUGAUCGUAGUUUAUUUUACCCUCGUGAUUCAGCUCUAAGUUGCAAUGCAAUUAUAUUCCUAAAGAAUUAUUUUAGCUAAGCAUAAUUCCCAUCUGUCCCUUUUUUCAAAUUUUUUAUCGCUCCCUAGAUUUUUAUCAUCGUCAUUGAUCUAGUUAUUUUAUAUAUUUUAAUAUGUUUUAUAUUAAUUGAUAUUACACUUAUUAGUUAUAUAAUUGA